GCCGUACUCCGCCGCGAGCGUGUGUCUCAUUUACGAUCCGACGCUCACUAAACAUUCCUCGCGUGCAGUGAAAUUUCACAAAAAUAAUCCGCAUUUAAAACAAAUGGGCGUCGAUAGUGAAACCUAAACUUGUGGUGAUACGAAGUGAUCCGUAAAAAAUAUAUUAUAUUUACUUAUUGACAUUAAGUAGUAGUGCAAGUUUACAUUCUUUCCGAGUUUCGCACCGCUCGGGAAAGGACCGUAGAACCGUGACAGUUCUCUGUGUUUUGUGCGAGUUACUCGAGGGAGUUUCUUUAAGUGGAAGUCGGAGGCCGUCGUAGAAACCCGGCCCCGACAUGGAGAGUUACUUCGACAUCUCCAACGAUCUGAAUGAUGUCUGGGAAGCGGACAUCGACCCGGAGAUGCAAGAUGUCUUAGACGAAGACUCGGAGAUGGGUGACUGGCUGAUCGAGCGAGACUCCAAGCUAGGCGUGGUGUUACACGACAGACUUAUGACAGAUGCAGCCCUCGGCGCAGCCCCCAUCAAGACAGAACAUUCCUACAGUCUCCACUCCGAUGUUGAAUCCGCACCACCUUCGCCACACCACACCAAAGUUGACGACAUGGAAGACGAAUGUUAUCCAGCUAUACCAGCGAGCGCGUGGCGGAGCAGAAGGCGGUCCAGCGAUUCGCCGCCACCAGAAGUGAAGGCUGAACCUAAAUCGGAGCCUGAGUCUCCUGCAUCGUCCUGCCCUCCUUCGCCGACCCCUGGCACGCCUGUUACACACGUCGACUACGUCAUUGACCACACGACCGGAACAAUCCACAUGCCACAAGCGGUGCUCCAGAAAGUCGGGGCGGCGGGGGUGCCGCAGCUACUACUGAGUGCGGCGCCGCGCAUCUCCAUGAAUAACAAUAAGCUCUCCAUUAAAGUCACAUCGUCCGGCACUUCAGCAGGUUUCAACCUGCCUCCCACGCCGCCCUCGUCGCUGUCGUCGUCGGACAGCGAGGGCGCGCUGUCGCCGGCGCACGAGGCGUCCGCGCCGCCCGCCGCGCCCGCCGCGCCGCCGCGCCGCGCGCACCUCUACGUGUCGCACCACUCGCGGCAGCCCAUCAACACGCCGCUCAUCAGCAGCCAGCCGAAGGGUUCAACGGGCACGCUCGUGUUAACAGAGGAAGAGAAGCGCACACUGCUGGCCGAGGGAUAUCCCGUUCCGACGCGCUUACCCCUCACCAAGGCUGAGGAGAAAUCACUCAAAAAAAUCAGAAGGAAAAUUAAAAAUAAGAUAUCGGCACAAGAAAGCAGACGCAAAAAGAAGGAAUAUAUGGACCAAUUAGAGAGGAAAGUAGAAAUUUUAGUAUCAGAGAAUACAGACUACAGAAAGAGGGUAGAAACACUCGAGCAGACGAAUGCGAAUCUUCUGAGCCAGUUGGCGGCUCUGCAGGCGCUCGUGACUCGAGGCGCCAGGAAGUGACGUCAUCAAACGAAAUAGUUUGCGUGACGUCACACUUCGCUCUCACAUGCACAGGGACUUAAAUCUGCAGAAUACAAAACAACAGACGCUCUGACGUCACUCGGCAAUAAACUGCUGCUGGAUUCGAUCACAAAUAGACAACAACCUUAAUACUUUAACUAAUCUAUGCUUAAAGCGAAACCGGCAUUUCGAACUCCAUAUUAUUUCUCACUCAUUUCUCAAACAGUCUAUAACGCUAUUUGUUUUUGCUCACUGUACCUUCCAAUCUGUGUUUCGAUGUUUGCUAUUAAAAUAGAACUUGUAACAGUAUUACGGCCGGUUCACGUGAUCAGACAACUGCGGAAAUAUAACCUAAAAAGGCUGUGAGAACUGACAGAUACGAUUUCUCACAGUUCCUAGUGUACAUUCACCUAUGUAUUAAGUGAACAGUGACAACGAUACUGUCCCCAUAAUGAAGUGUAUAUUUUGUCGAUGUAUAUUUUGGAUGUAAUUUACGAACCGUUACGUAGUAUCCAGAGACAAGGACUGUUAGUUGAAUGGUUGCUCAUUGUAUUUGUUAGUAAAUAGUUACGCUGUGGUGCUGGAUAUGAUAUACCUGUAUUUUCGUUUAAGGUAUAGCAAAUUUCGAGUGCCACAUUAGAUAUUUAUUAUAAACUCAGCACGUUUUAAGUGAUCGUUAUCAGUCGACAGCGAGCGGUACCGGGUCGUGGACGAAUGUCGAUACUUAUUUACGCGUGUUUGAAAUCUCGUAAUAUAUAUUAGAUGUAUGCCUCAGGGCGGAUAAUUUAAGUUUUCAUUCGUGCGUGUUUUUAUUAAAAUAUGCAAAUAGUUUAAGGAAUUUUAAUUGUUACCUAAAGCGUUCGCGCGACCGUCGCGGGGAGCCCCUCGCUCGCCGCGACCUUGAGUUCUGUCGAUCACAUUACAAUGUUAUUGGUCUUACAGUUUAUAUCGGUUGUUGUGAUUUGACGAGGUGUUAUAGGCUUGUGGAACUGUUUUAUGAUGGUUUCCUUUAUAGUGACUUUAGUACGUCCCAUAUACCAACGCGUGGCCGAGUUCGUGGUCGAGUCGAUACUGUGCGGUGAUAUCGGGAACCUUAGUAGCAUAAUAAUGUAAGGCGAACACACCGUGAGCCUUAUCUUUUAAUAUUGAAUUCCAUGAAUUUGCAUUUAUAGCGAAAUGUGUAUCGUCCUAGAGAUUGUAUCAUGUAUUUAAGAUAACGUUUAGAUAUACGCAUCAAAUAGCGGACCUGAUUUGUAUGCAAAAAGAAAUGUCUUCGGUAACGUCUAGUCUCUGUAGAAACAUUCGAGGUCUCGUUGUGGAGGCGCUCGGGUCGAGGAGGUUAGCAAUCCAUUUGAAGCUGCGCUCUAGAUAGACAAGUACAAAUAACUGCAUGCCUUUCAUGAAAAUAACGUAACUAACUAUAUUAACUAUGAAAUUUAACAUACAUAACUUAAAUAUAUUAUAUUCAUAGAAUCUCGCAGUUCUUAUGUAUCGUAGGUCUUGCCAACAAAGUGCGAAUUUGAAAUCCACAACAGCGGCCGAGGGUCACCGUCUUUGUGAGCUAACAUUCUUUUAUACUAAACAUUCCAUGUAUCUAUUUAGUAAUGUGAGUGACUUAAAGUGAGCUCGAGUACUUAUCGAUAUAUAACUUAAUUUCUAAAGCCUGUACAAAUCAUUACCUGUUAAUUUCAUGUUUUAUAUGUGUUAUGUAAGAGUUUCAUCUUUAAAAGCAUAAUCGUAGCUGUGGUAUGUUGCGGAGUUUUGUCAAUUCGGAAUUAUUUUCACAAUAUUUCUAUACGAAUUAAUCAUAUUCUAUAUUUAAAUCUUUAUAGUAUUCAUGGUAUUAAUAAAUCUUCAAUUAAAAACAAGUUAAGCGAUAACGAAACUCUAAACAAACAUUUUCGAUAAAUUCCGAAUGUGACAAGGUUCCAAAUGAAUAGUAUAUGUUCAAAAUGUUAAACUCAAUCGAUCGGCAUAUUCGUGUUAGUAUAUUAUAUUUACUAUGUGUGCAAUUACUAUGUUCUCUUUUACAUUUUUUAGAAGUUCUUCCUAUUUAGAUGUAAGAGAAUAGAAAUUUAUUUAUAUCGCUCUGUAAUGUAAUACUUCUCUCCCCGAGCCGGGAAUAAUGUUAAAAGAAUUUAUCGAGAUAUAUUUUAAGAGAUUUUUUCUAAUGAAAUUUUAGAAAUAUAUAUAUAACACUGUUUUACGUGUCUGUCGCUAUACGAGUAAGGCUAGGUUAGUGUAUGUACAUAUAUACAAUUUUAUCGUGGAAACUGCAAGCGUGCCUGCCUAACAGUUAUUGAUUUUACCAUAAACUAAGAAUCGAACAUAUGAAUAAAUGAAUGGUGAUUUUUGAGAAUGCUGUAUUGUAGAAAACUAUACAUAAAAAUAAAGUAUUUAACUUUGAUAUAAUAUAUUUAAUUCCUAACAUGGCAUUUACCGUCUACAGAGGAGUGAUUUAAUUGAAAACGACUUAUAGAAAUUUACUAAAGUAGUUGAUAUUUUAAAUGUAUCGUUAUCGAGUCCGAUCCUAGAGUCGAUAUGAAAGGAUUUAUUGUAAACAAAAUGCCAAACUUAAAAUGCAUAGCUGGUGUGAGAUCACCGCAGAUUGGGUGACUACGUUGUAGAAUCCAUUCGAGACAAUCCACGAUAUAAUUAUAACAAUGUAAUAUUGAAAUAUUUUUUAUAUUUAUUAAAAAAAUCUCGAAUGGGUUGUACAGAUGUCGAUCCACACCGUGUCGUUUUGUUAUUAUUGAAGUGUAAUUUUAUUGAUAGUUUUAAAUGUUAAAACUAUUCACUGUUACCUUGAGUCAUGAUUUGUUGAAUCGUUUUGUUUUAUUAUUAUAUUUCAAUGACAUUGCGGAUUUUACUGUCACCCUUGAGCUAAUAAAGCGUCGGAUAU